AUGUUCUCUUGGCACAGAGGAGCUCAGAAGCUGGAGGCCUCUCUACACAACCCCAGCCACAGCCAAAGCCCCAGCCUGAGACGGAAACUUAGCCCUAGUCAACCGGUCCCCAACUGUCUCCAAAUUGGCCAGGCUCAGAGGAUCUUUAGCCUGAGACCGGGAAUCCAACCUGGGACCAACAACAUUGUGGCCAACCAGAAAGAAGGUCCCCCUGAUGGAGACGAGUAUUAGCCCCCCAACAGUUGCUCUAGGAGAUUUCCAAGUAGCUCUGUGCCUAAGAAGACUGUUCAUUACCGUAACUACCCUUCUAACCUAGGUAGCCCAAUUGUCCCCAGAACAUGGGGUGCCUCCGGUACCUUUCAGUCAGUCAAAAACACUGUGAUACAAAGUAGCCAUGUUGACCCCAGUAGUUUGCAACCUGUCAGGGACAGAUUUGUCUCUCCUGUCAUUGAACACACCCCCAUUCCAGCCCAACAGGCAGAAAACCCUGUAAGAAACAAUGACAAACCCAAGUACAGAAAGGUUCUGUCUUCCUAUCUCUUCAGGGGAAUCCCAACCCACUUCUAG